AUGGCAAUCAAGGAUACUGGCUACGUCAAGUGGCUGCCCAAGAUGCGAGGAGACUCGACAACCAGAAACCCUAAUGUGUACUGUCACUUCCACCGCGACUUUGGGCACAGUUCGGAAGGUUGUUGCAACCUCAAGGACGAGAUUGAAGAGCUGAUCCGCCGUGGAUAUCUAAAGCAGUUCAUUAAACAUGAGGACAGGGAGGUAGCGGACCGAAAAGCCAACCAGCAAAGAGAAGCUCCCGAGCCGAGUAUAAGGAAUGACCAGCAACCACCUCGGCAACCAAUGCCACCAGAGGAUAGGCCGAUCCACGGGGUGAUCAAUAUGAUCACUGGUGGGUCAAUCGUUGUGGGGUGCAGCACAAAAAUGGGAAAGAUGUCAGUUUGGGAGCUCGAGCACGAAGAUGAGAACCUGCCAAACCGACCUCGAGUGGAGGAGGCAAUUUAUUUUACCAAGGAUGAUGCAAGUGGGAUUCAGUAUCCGCAUGAUGACACCCUCAUGGUCAAGUUGGUGAUUAAUGACUUCGAGGUGAAGCAGAUACUAGUAGACUCAGGGAGUUAA